GCGCGCGGAGCCACCCUCUCCCCUCCUCUCGCGAACACCACCGCCUCCCCUGACACCGCCGCCACCUCGCCGGACGCUCGGCAGAUUGCGGCGGCCGGCCCGGGGGGCGGUGCGCCGAGCGUGCGCGCCCGGGGCGCCAGAUGUGCAGUCUCCGCCGCCGCUAGUGACCCAGCGGCGGCUCGAGCCAGGUCCGGUUGUCUCAGCAAUGCUGCGGGGGCGACCUUGAACGCACCCUGGUUUCCCUCAGCGGGGACCGCUCUGAGCCCCUGUGCCGGGUCCUGCCCUCUCCAGCCCGGCUCGCCCCGCGCUCGGACAUGGAAGGGGCCGCAGUGCCUGCGGCAGGGGAUGGCCCUGAUGUGGAGCCGGGGCCGCAGGGCUCUCUGCGGGAGGCGGCGGCCGGGGCGGCUGCAGCCCCAGCGGAGCCCAAGAAGCCGCACGGGGUGAAGCGACAUCACCACAAGCACAACUUGAAGCAUCGCUAUGAGCUGCAGGAGACCCUGGGCAAAGGUACCUACGGCAAAGUCAAGCGAGCCACCGAGAGGUUUUCAGGUCGAGUGGUUGCUAUAAAAUCCAUCCGUAAGGACAAAAUUAAGGAUGAACUAGACAUGGUUCACAUCAGACGAGAAAUUGAGAUCAUGUCAUCCCUCAACCAUCCUCAUAUCAUCAGUAUUUAUGAAGUGUUUGAGAACAAAGAUAAGAUUGUGAUCAUCAUGGAAUAUGCCAGCAAAGGAGAGCUGUAUGAUUACAUCAGCGAGCGGAGACGCCUCAGCGAGAGGGAGACCAGACACUUCUUCAGGCAGAUCGUGUCUGCUGUGCAUUAUUGCCACAAGAAUGGUGUGGUCCACCGGGACUUGAAGCUGGAGAAUAUACUGCUUGAUGACAACUGCAAUAUUAAGAUCGCUGACUUUGGGCUUUCCAACCUGUACCAGAAGGACAAGUACUUGCAGACGUUUUGUGGGAGCCCACUCUACGCAUCUCCUGAGAUUGUCAAUGGGAGGCCUUACCGAGGGCCAGAGGUGGACAGCUGGGCCCUGGGUGUCUUGCUUUACACUCUCAUUUAUGGAACGAUGCCCUUCGAUGGUUUUGAUCACAAAAACCUCAUUCGACAGAUCAGCAGCGGAGAAUACCGGGAACCCACGCAGCCCUCAGAUGCCCGAGGACUCAUUCGGUGGAUGCUCAUGGUAAACCCGGAUCGCAGGGCCACCAUCGAGGACAUUGCCAACCACUGGUGGGUGAACUGGGGCUACAAGAGCAGUGUCUGUGACUGUGAUGCCCUCACGGACUCCGAGUCGCCGCUCUUGGCACGGAUCAUUGAUUGGCACCAUCGUUCUGCCGGGCUGCAGGCUGAGGCUGAAGCCAAGAUGAAGGGCCUGGCCAAACCCGGAGCCUCUGAGGUUGUGCUGGAGCGGCAGCGGUCGCUGAAGAAGUCCAAAAAGGAAAAUGACUUUCCCCCGUCUGGCCAGGACGCCGUACCUGAAAGCCCAUCCAAGCUGAGUUCCAAGCGGCCCAAGGGAAUUCUGAAGAAACGGAGCAACAGUGAGCAUCGCUCCCACAGCACCGGCUUCAUCGAAGGCAUCGUGGGCCCCACCUUACCGUCUCCUUUCAAAAUGGAGCAAGAUUUGUGCCGGACUGGCAUCCCCCUCCCCAUUUCCCCUGAGGCAGAGAUGUCAGGGAAGCUCAGCCUCAAACAGUCAGCCACGAUGCCCAAGAAAGGCAUCUUGAAAAAGACCCAGCAGAGAGAAUCUGGUUAUUAUUCAUCCCCGGAGCGCAGCGAGUCUUCAGAGCUGCUGGACAGUAAUGACGUCAUCAUCGGCAGUGGCCUCUCUUCCCCUUCCUCGGAGGCAGCCCGGGGGACUUCCCACAGCCUGUCCUGCCGGAGGAAGGGCAUCUUGAAACACAGCAGCAGGUACUCCGAUGGUGCCACAGACCCUGGCCUCGCCGGCCCCGAAAUGCCCACACUGGAAUCCUUGUCAGCUCCUGGUGUCCACCCUGACGGUGUCUCCCGGAGCUACAGCCGCCCGUCCAGUGUCAUCAGCGAUGACAGUGUCCUGUCCAGUGACUCUUUUGACUUGUUAGAUCUCCAGGAGAAUCGUCCUGCCCGCCAGCGCAUCCGCAGCUGCGUCUCUGCUGAAAAUUUCCUCCAGCUUCAGGACUUUGAGACCUCCCACAACCGGCCCCGGCCCCAGCACCUGAAGCGGUACCGGAACCGGCUGGCAGACAGUAGCUUCUCCCUCCUCACUGAUAUGGACGAUGUGACUCAGGUGUAUAAAAAAGCCCUGGAGAUCUGCAGCAAGCUCAACUAGCCCCUCAGUGCACAGAGGAUGGGAUGGGUGGGUGGGCGGGUCUAAGGGAGUUGGGGAACAGAACUAAGCUUCAGGCUGGUUACCUCUUUGCUGGCCAUGGCAAUGGACUGGAAAAGGACUGAUAACUGGUAAGGUCUGGCCCGGCCAGUGUUUGCAGCCUUGAGUCUGCACCUAAAAGGGAUGGAAAUGGUUCUUUACCAGUUCAGAAUGUGGGUCCUAACUGGCAUUCCCAUAUGGCAUCUCACAUAGGCUUGGCUCCCCAGGGAAGGCGAUGUUGCCAGCGUGAAGUGGGAGGGGGCAUUAUGGGGAAGGGGGUGUUUCCCUAGAAGUCUUCUAGACAUUUUUGGAGAAGGGGCAGGAAGACUGAGACCAUCUGCUUUGGGUGAAUACAUUAGCAAGCCUGGUCUGACUACAUAGGGGCUGGCAAGAUUUCAGCACCCUGAGCUUGACUUGGUCAUCAGUUAAUAUCUGUACUGUGUGCUGUUUUGAGUAGCCUAGGCACAGCACAGGGUGCUGUGACUGAGUACCGGUAACUGCCAUGGGAUCAGGAAUGGCAAUAACAGCUCUCCUGCCAGGCCUGAGCCCUGGGAGUUAGGUUACAGAGCCCUGAGGUGCCAGCUGACCCCUUCAUGGCCGACCAUGGCAUUGGUUAAUUUGCUCCUGGACCUUGAGUAGAAGACAGAGGGACUUGCUGAGAGCAAAUGCUUUGAACUUUGCUAAGGACAUAGGCAGGUGGUGGGAAGUCUUUGACUUCCCAGGAUCUCCUUCCUCUUUCCUGCCUGGUUCUUUAGCAUAACAUGAAAGUGGGCAAAGAGAAGGAUGGUAGUGUGAGAGGCCAGGGCUUGGUGUCGACAGGGCAAACAGCCGCUGUGACUUUUGCACAGUUUGAUGGAAGGUGAGGCAUACCAGCCAGGGGCAACUUACCACUUUCUUAAAGGUCUCGGUAUUAACUGGAACAUCGCCUCUUGCCUUCUCACCUGCAUGGAUGUUUUAAUUGGAUGUGAUGUGGUCAGGGCCUCCAGAGGAUUGCUGGUUCAGCUGUGGCCUCUGUCCAUCCAGAAGUGUGGAACCUUAACAGUACAUGGGUUGCUUUUAGGGAGCUAGUGUGUAGGUGGGCAUGUGGAUGCAGAAGGUGCGGUUUGAUUGAAGGUUCUUGUCUCCUCUAUCCUAAGCGCUCUGUCUUGUGUCUUGUGGCUCUGCUCUCCUGCAUUGUGGGGAGAAGACAAGUUCCAUCCAUCCAGGGAACAAGAUGUUGAAAGAGGAGAGUGUUGGGGAAAGCGUAGGGACAUUUCUUCAGGAGUUAUCCAGAUGGCUCUGGAGGAGGCAGAGAAGAGGUGUGACAGGAUGCUUCAAAAUGUUCAAGCUAGUUAAUCUAAUCUCCAGACACUAAGAUUCCAGGUGACAUCAUCCCCACAGUCAGCAUCCUGGUGAUACUGGGGUUGAGAUGGUCUUUUUGCUCUGACCUUGGAAUCCACUGGCUUGGGCAAAUUAGAAUCCUUAUUCUAAGGUGACUGCCUUCUGAUAGCCUCUCGGAGAGGGAGUGGAGGAAGACGACCCAGAGUCUGCCACAGCACUGAGAACGUUGUCAGGAAGAUGCUGCCCUGCUUUUCCAGGACUGUUCUGCAUCUCUGUGUACCACCCACUCCGGCUUUAGGCCUGUGCCUUUCUUUGGGUUGAGCUGAGCAGGAUAUUUUGGGAAGCUGCUUGGAUUCCUUUCUCUCAGUUCCACCCCCUUCCUGAACUCUGGUAUGGGCAAAAAGGGAGAAAAAUCUGUAGGUAGAGAAUUGGGUUUGUGGGUUUGGGGCUGCGUAGAUGGCAGCAUGCAACUUCUGAUCCCCCAUCCCCCUGCCUCCUCCUGUGAACAGCCCCUGCUUCUUCACUGCUGGCGCUGAGCAUGCAGCUGGUCUCAGGCAUAGCAGCCAUUGCUGGCUGGUGGGAUGAUCUGGUUAGUAUUUCCCAUCAUUCUGGUGACUCCAUUAGGAAACCCAUUCUCCUCUGCCUUCUCUCUUCCCGGUCACCAGAAUGUUCGAAGGCAACGGAAAAACAGGUUUCCCACCCAGAACAGAGGCUCUGGUCUGUCCUCCGUUCUGGGACACCCUGAAUGGAGUUCAGGACUGCUGUAAGAUCUGGUGGUCUCGGGCCCACACGGUGGUGUGAGAGCUGCUUCCAUCAUGUGGAGGCUGGAGAAGUGGGUGGGUGGUUUCCCAAGGCCAGGCUCGGUCCUGCCGUCUGCUCCUCAGUCAGAUGCCGACUGUCCCUGCAAGGAAGAGUUAGAACAGAGUAGACCCCUAACAAGCAGCUUCCCAAUGAAGUCCUGUUCCCUACAAGCUGAUCCCCAGCCAAAGAUGGUAUGCUUAACUCAUUUUCCUGGAGUCGCUAGUGAGCGACAUGUGGAUGGCCCCGACGGGCAGACGGGCAGACGGGCUGUCAGCCCUCCUGGUCCUUCCCUGGCUUCCCGGGUCCUCUCGUGGUCUUCGUUUACACACCUGCCCAAAGGGUGGGAUUGGACUUCGUUUUACAGGUAAACUUCAAGGCAUAAUCAGUUUUUGGGAAAGUGCUUCAGGACCCUAGGCAACAUGACUAAACUCCCUCUGAACUUGGUCUCUGUGACCAGGCACUCCUUAUGACAGGAGCGCUCUGCAGGGUGAAAUUCGGGCGGGUUGUGCCCCGGCCUGCUGUCUUGAGUACAAAUGUGAAUGAUGGACUGACUGCUUGCUGCCAAACUGGAAACGUUCUGUGGGGAUUUACUGGCAUGGUAUCAUUCCUAGGAAGAAGAAGAAAAAAAAAAGAGGGAAAAAAAAAAAGGAAAGGAGAGCGAGAAAACUUGACUGCACAUUUUUUUUUUAAAUCCAUGUUGUGACUUUUAUUUAAUUUCUAUAUUUUUUGGUAAUAAAAAGUUGACUUUAAUUUGAAUUUGUCUUUUAUUUAUUGGUCUAAAAGGCAUUUCAAAGGUAUUAUAAUAAUAUAUUGGUGUAAUUUAAUUGGUGCAGCAUGCUUUUAUGGCUCCGGUCAAAAUCGGUCUUCAUUUAAUUGACUGGUUUGAGAACAGCCUACAGGGAAAAUAAAAUAAAAGCUGGCUAAUUACCCAAAGUGUUCAUUUUUUUAUUGGAAUCUGAUUUUUGUCAUUUUUUUGUUUCUGUCUUUAUUUUUAAAUUAAAUAAAUUGCAAUGAACUGAA